GUACGUGGAAGGAAGUUGCCUGUCCUCUCGUUGGUUUGUGAUUAUCACUUACUCAUCAUAUAAACUCAAGGUGCAGUCACAUACCCAGGGAUACAGCACACGACAGACUCCUGAGAGACACAACACAGACUUGCACCAUGCCAAACUACAAACUCACUUAUUUUAAUAUGAGGGGGAGAGCAGAAAUUAUUCGUUACAUAUUUGCUUAUUUGAACAUACAGUAUGAAGAUCACAGAAUAGAACAAGCUGACUGGCCUGAAAUCAAAUCAACUCUCCCAUUUGGAAAAAUCCCCAUUUUGGAAGUUGAUGGACUUAUCCUGCACCAGAGCCUAGCAAUAGCAAGAUAUUUGACUAAAAACACAGAUUUGGCUGGAAACACAGAAAUGGAACAAUGUCAAGUUGAUGCUAUUGUGGACACACUGGACGAUUUCAUGUCAUGUUUUCCUUGGGCAGAGAAAAAGCAAGAUGUGAAAGGAUGCCAUUCUGUGGAGCUGGAGUCCUGUUCCUGGAUGCUGCCUUCUUCCCUUGUUUACCCCAUUGUUUAUUUGGGGGCACAUCCUCUAGUAUUCCAAAAGUUAAAACGAAGGUUUGAUGACAGCAGAUAUGACUAUGACAGAUGGUAUGGAUAUGUCUAUCUUGUGAGUCACACUGCUUCACUCUGGUAUGGUUGUCCUAGAUACUUGGUCACAGAUGUCAUCCUGAGAUCUUUAUUGUUACCCUGGAUUUUUUUUUUUUUUUUUUUUUUUAUCGUUCCUGGGUUCAUUCUCCUGUUUUCUUUCCUUGUUUUUGUGGAACAAUCCUCUAAGAGCUUACUGGGCAUAGGAAAUAAAAGUUUGAGGCUUUGGGGGCCUUAUUUGUCUAAAGAUGUUUUUAUUUUAUUCUCAAACCUGUUUUAUAGUUGGGCUGGGUGUAGAAUUCUGAUAAAAGUAAUUUUUCAUUAGUAUUUGAAAGGCUGUUGAGAAGUUUGCAUCCAAUUUAAUUACUGACCUUUUGUAUGUGACCUGUUUUUUUUUUCCACUCUGAAAGAUUAUAAAACACAUGCCCUUAGAGUUCUAAAAUUUUGCAAUGAUGAGUCUUGUUAUGAUC